UUCGACCUUUUCCUUCUUGAAUAUUUUGCCACGGCCACGGACUGAAGUGAAUGGAAAGAAGAUAAGACCGUGGGCUGAGAGUUUUUCACUGCGGCCGUCCUCCAUAGCGCUUGUCCGUACGUUCACGUUUUGUUCAGUACCACCAUCCGUGUGUGGCCGACUGUCGUCCCUAGAAUACUGAGGCCUUAUCGCACGGAGCUAGGAACACAGUACGCAGUCAGCGCUCCAGAUGCAUCGUGUAUCUUGAGCUGUGUCGGACAUGCUGCUGACGAUCUGAGCAUCGUCCCCAGUGCUGGAACUGCAGUGCACACUCGUUGCUGCUUCAGGGUGCUGUUCGUGUGAUCUGUGCUACAAUGGGACCGAAGCGAGCUGGCUCUGGAUUGGCUGCAAAGACUGGAGGAAAGUCUGAGGACGACUGGGACCUGGAUGAUUUAUUAGCUGGAUCCAGCAUGGCUGCCAACAGCAGCAAGCCCACGGCUGCUGCGGCUGGGAAAUCGGCAACAGCACCAGGCAAGGCGUCCAGCAAGACUGGUAACAGGGGCAAGUAUGAUGACCUGAUGGAUCUGUCCAGCUCUGACUCCUCCACGAACACUACACCCGCCAAACCCAAAGCUGGUGCAGUGAAACGACCGGUCGGCGAUGAUUUCGAUGACGGCUUGUUUGGUGCUUCGGACAAGAAACCAGCAGCGGCAGGUAGAGCUACUUCUGCAGGAGCCAGUGCUGCUUCAGUAGGGAAAGCGGGUCAAGCAACUGCGGCAAAGAAGGCAAAGAAACCCGCCGCCGCCGAGGAUGACUUGUUUGGGUCAUCUGAGCUGAGCGACUUCGGUCUGGAUGAUUCACCUCCCGCUGCUAAGAAAGCAGCCAGCAAACCAGUUAGCAAACAGCCAGAAAAAUCAGCCAAGCUGGCAACAUGGCCCACUCUGUCAGAUGAUGACUCGGAUUUUUCCGAACCACAACCUUCAAAACGCCCGGCUGCCAGCAAAGCAAAGGAUAAUAUUGAAGACAAGCCACUGAAAAAUCCAAAACCAUCUGGCACGUUAGGGAAGGCCCCCGGGGGCGUCACCAGCGAUGCAGGGCUGUUCGACGAUGACAGUAACUUUGGAUUUGAUAGUGACGACGACAAAGCUGCCCCAGCAAAGCGUCAGGCUGCUGUCAUCAAGACAAAGCCCACCGAUAAUCUGAAUUCUUUGUUUGGAAAGAAGCCGUCAGCAGAUGACCAGGGGAAGAGCAAUGAGGGUGGCGGUGGCUCUCGUCGAACCUUUGAUGGUUUUGCCUCUCGCCUCGGCUCUGGGAGCACACAGCCGUCUGGCGGGGGCAGGACGCAGGCGGUGGAAAAAUCCACCUUCAGCACUGACGAUGAGACCACGUCCAAAGGUCGUGGCGACAAAACUGACUCAAGACCAUCAUCUAGCAAGCAAGUCAGUGCUGGAGGUGGUGGUGCAGGGCAAGCAGUAGCUGAGUCCAGUUCAGCUAGUGAUAGCAGUGGCAGCAUUGCUGGUGGGUACAUGCCAUCUGGGACGGCAGCCGCCACAGCCGGUGGCUAUACUCCAUCCAGCGGACCACCCAGAGCUGGACGUCGUGCACGCGCUGAUCAGCACGAGAGACCGAGUACUGCGCCUGGCUUUCAAGCCAAGCAAGUUCGCUUCACUGGAAAUUUGGCCGACGUCGAACGACCGGCUAGCGUGCCGGCUAAGGCUGCGGACGAUGCUUCAGAUCUCUUUGGCAUAGAAGAUGCGGCGGCGAACACAACGAGGAGGGUUAGAGGCUCAACCAGCUCAACUGGUAGUGCUGGUGGGGACACAAGACUGCAAAUGCAAGACCAGACGCCAGCGCCCAGGCCCGGCAGAGAAGCCCAUGCACCCCGUCCACACCGGGCCGGUAGUCGUGACAACAUACACAGACCGGCCUCGACCGGGGAUGAGGACGAUCUGCUCGGGAGCGGUGGUGGUGCUGCCGCCGCUGCACCCAGCUCUACUGCUUCCAAAUCACAGGCACUGCUAUCGGGCAAGAGAAUCACAGGCAGCAAACAGCCUACACGUACAGUUGCUCAUGAGCCUACUACUACUUCUACCCCCGAUGUGUCUGCUACUGCAGGCAAGCUUCCUUCAAAUUCUCCAUCUACUGAAUCACACACCACUGCUGCAAUGGCUGCAUCCAAGGCAGUGUUAUCUAGCAGAGAUGCUGAGCAGCUCACGCGGCUUACUGAAGAAAACAAGUCGCUGAAAGAUGAACUGGAGACCCUGAAGGCAAGCAGUGUUGCAAUGGAAGAGCAGCUGGCACGCCUCGAUGCGGAAAAGCAGCAGAUAUCCAAUGAGCUGGCCAGCAAGGCCGAUGAACUUCAAGCUGGAAUAAAGGAACGUGUAGAGUUGGAGACUACGGUAUCGAGACAAACGCUAGAUCUCAGCAACCUAAAGCUGGAUCUGUCAUCAUCCAAAGCAACGCUGUCAGCUACAGAAGCGGCUAAAGGAUCUCUGGAGACUGAAGUCUCCUCUCUUCAGCAGCAGCUGGAUGAGGCGAGGCGGCAGGCCGAUACUGAACGAAGGGACGCCGCAAGGAAGCAAGCAACUCUUGAAUCGGAAGUAUCCCGUGUCACCGAGGACUGUGGCCAGCUGAGGUCGUCCCUGGACAAUGCUAAGAGUGACAACGCGAGAGAGUGUGAAUCGCUCAGGGAGAAGUUCAGGAAACGCGAAGAAGGUGAAAGAGAACUCUGGCAACAGCAGGAGACCAGGUUACGUGAUGAGAUUUCGCAGCAGGCCGAUCGCUUCAAGAAUCGCCUUGAUGCAGCACACGAGGAGAUCGACAAGACCCGGGAGGCAUCUAGAAAGCACGUUGAUGACUUGCAGGCCUCGCACCAGCAGGAGAUUGCUCGACUGAGACUGGACCACGAUCGCAUUCUGGCCAUGAAAGAGGAAAAGCACGAAGAGUACGUCGCGCAGCUGCAAGCAGCCCACCACAACGAGCUAGAACACGCCACGGAAAUGAUGGGUCAAACAAAGUCACUGCAAGGUCUCAUAACGAAAGUUGAGUCCAGAACCGCGUCUCUGGGAGACCUGCAGUCUAAGUUCAAGAGUGAAAGCGAGAAGACCCUCGAGAAGCGUGAGCGCACCAUCCAAUUCAAAGAGAAGCAGCUAGCUGAACUUCAUCAACGGCUUCUUGAGCGUGAAACCCGUCUGGAGCAGGAUCAUACUAAGUGGCAAGAGGCUACGGUCAAGAUUGAGUUGAAGCAUAGCCUGCAAGUGCGGGAUCACGAGCAGAAGCGACGAGAGCUGCAGGAACAGGAGGCCAGAGUGGCAGCACUGCGCCAUGCAAUCGACCAAGAACAGCAGCGUCUCAGUACAGAACAUGACCUGCAUAACAGGCAAGCCAUGGAGCAGCAGGAGAUACUCCGCAAGGAGCACAAGGCUAUCACUGACCAAUGCUUGGAAGAGCGCCGUGCACUAGCCAGGGAUAGAGCCACGCUGGAACUGCAGCGCAAAGAGAUUGAAAUCCACAGAGAGGCACUGGAAGACUCAAAACGUGACAUGGAAGCCAGCAUGGAUGCCGAGAGUAGCAAGCUGGAGGAGUGUAGAAGCCGGUGGGAGUCACUCAAGCAGGAAGAGGCCGACUUCAAGAAGCGCUCCGGAAGGCUCAAGACCAAGCAACGGGAGGUCGACAAGAAGGAAAGCGAGCUGAUGGAGACGGCGGAGAGAUUGCAGAAGUCCACGCGUGACCUGGAACAUGUCAAGAAGGCACUGGUGGACAGCAGGCGUAAGGAGGAGCGCAAUGCCAGGUCUAUCCAGCACAAGCAGUCCGAGUACGUACAGUCUAUAGCUGAAUUGGAGGAGCAGAGGAGCAAGCUGCAGCAGCAGAACAAGUAUUUGAGCGCGAAGUACCGCCAGUCUGUGCAGGAAGCAAAGAUGGUGAUCUGUGCGUCGUGCUCCCGGCAACAAAGCACACGGGCUGAGACAUGGCAACAUCAACACCAACAUCAGCAACACCAGCAACAACCACAACCAGAACAAGAAGCCUCUGCCUUGACUGCAAAAAGGAAGCAAACAGAAGCGACACCAGAUAUGCAUUUCUACCCAUCACGACAGCACAACCUCUCGCAGCAGCUGCCACAGCCAGAUUCCAACAGCCAAGCAGCGCCACAGCUUAAAUCGGAAACACUGCCGCGCAGACACACGCGGGAGCGGAGCAGUGUUCCCCCACAGCAGCACCUGGAUUAUCAUGAACAAAUGGACGAGCAUAGUGCACGAGCACAGCGUCACCAAGACCAUUAUCGGGCGAGGCCCGAAUCUAGCAUGCACAUAAGUGAACUGGAUGCAUCACACCCAAGAAGACAACAACCACAUCAUCCCCAUCGGUCUCACGAGCAGGAGCGACGCCAGGGCCAACCUCAGAAGCAUCCAUCCAACGUGCACCACCACCACCAGCGCAGCUUGGAAGAUGAACUGAAUGACGUGCGAGGAACCCUGGAAGACCCGGACAUGAAAGAAAGACUCCGGAGAGUCGACGAGCGAUGGGCACGCAUGGAGGCAGGACGAAUAGACAUGAGGAAGAAACUGAUGGAGCCUGGAUCUAGUAUGCACAUCAGUGAACCGGAAGCAUCGCACCCGAGCCAACAGCCACAUCAUCCCCAUCGGCAUCACCAGCAAGUGCGACACCAGCAUCAACUUCGAAAGCAUCCAUCCAACGUGCAUCGCCACGAGGAAGAAGACGAUGAAGAUGAUGAACUAGAAGACGUGCGAGGAACCGCGGAAGACCCGAAAGUUAAAGAACUACUGCGGAAAGUAGAUGAGCAAAUUGCUCAAAUGGAAACAGAAGUGAGGGAUACAAGUUCAGAUUGAACUGGAAGCAGCCGGCAUGGCGGUGUUGAAGGACAGUGGUACCCGGUGUGCUGGUGCUGGACAGUCCUACACAGCGGACUACCAAGGGCCGCUAGUGAAAUGCACUAAUAAAAGUAUACUACAUUCCAGUCCCCCAACCACUCCCUGUUACUACUUGCAGCACAGCCAUGCUGCAAGUCUACAGUGAACCGUUAUCAAGGCUUAUUUCGGAUAGUCUUGAAAGACAGUAUAUUCCACUGGAACAGAGACCAGAGCAACUUGAUCUUAGUCAACCCUACUAGUAUAUGUUACCAUGGUCUUUUUGCCAUGGCUUUGCCAUGGCUUUUUUCUCAAUUUCUUGAAACCUAUUUAAAAAGACAGAAUUGUUGAAUACGUCAUAACUUAUACAACCGUCCCUAUUGCUGCAACCAGCAGUGUCUCGAUUCUCACCUGAGUGUGUCCCUAUUGCUCGAUUCCCACUGUGUGAGUGUGGCCUCCCUAUUGCUAAAACCAGCGGUGUCUAGAUUCUCACUGCGCGCGAGUGUGUUAGCCACUUGCCGGUGCUCACACAUCCACACAUCCACACACUAAGAAGUCCUUUGACAAUCUGGUUUUUAAAAAAAGAGAGUAAAACUUGAA